AUGAAGGAGAAAGGUUCUGACUACAGCUCCACUUCUAAACAGACCCCUACAGAGAAACGAGAGGGGCAAAGCUCCGAUGUGUCCUCAACAGAAUCCUCCCCAUCCCUCACAACCAGCAGCGUGUCUACUAGUUCCUCUUCUGAGCCCAACAAACCCCAAACUAAACCCUCAUCUUCUGUCGGGGGCAUUGAAACGUCCCCUUCCUUCUCUUCUUCAGAGUCUGUUGAAACUCUGAGAGAUGAGUCUUCAUCAACAGGUCAAACAGCAGCAGCAGAGAGGACACCAGGACAGGAAGAUGAACACAUAGAGAGUGCAGUGAGAACGUCUGACCACAAGGGGUCAGCAGAGAGCAGCGCUGCUGAAAGUGAUGAGUCAAUAAUAGAAAAGUUAUCAGAGACAGGUCCAGAACAGACGUUGGAGUUAAUCCACCAAACCUUGAAACUGGAGACUAACGAUGGAACUCCCAAAGAAGAAGAGGAUGGCAAAAGCACGAAGGAGAAUGAAGAUGUGAAUGCCCAAAUCCUUGAUUCACUCAAUGAGAACAAGGACGAACAGAGAAACAAAAAAGAGAGACAUACAUCUGGACCUGAGAAAGACCAGGGAGGUCUUCUGGUCUCAGAGGGUGUUAAUGAAGUCAAAACAUGUAGUAAAACUAAAACAGAUGAUUCUGUUAAAGUAAAGGACGGUGCUGCUUCAAAUCAACAACGGGUCGAAGAUGAAGGAUCGACUGUGAAACCCGAUCAGACAGACAGGACACAAACAGAGGACAGAGAGACAGGAAAAGACAAAAAGACUGAUGAGAUCAUCUCUGUUGGAGAUGAAUCUGUCCCCAAAAAAAUAUCUCUUAGAAGAAGUUCAAGAGGAGCCAAAAACACUCAGGAGACAACUGGAGACAAAGAGACCAUCACGACUAGAACUACCAGAGGAGGGAGGACUGAGCAGGACUCGGCUGAAAGGGGAGAAGGCGAGACCAGGAGGACACCCGAAGCUCUGAAAGACGUCACUCCAACAGAAACCGCCGAAGACUCAAGUGAGCCGCAACGAAAGAUCCCAGAGGACUUUCAGGAGACUGAAAAAGACAAAGAAGCUGCAACAUCGAGAAAGAGAGGCAGACCCAGAAAGACCCGUCAGACUCCUGGUAAGACCAACAGAACUUCUCUGUUCGAUGAUCGCAUCAGCCUGUUGUUCAAGAGAUCGCUCAGAUCUUUUGAAGGUUCUGUUGGUUAG